AUGCAAGAAGAUGAUACCUUGUGGGAUCUAGAUAAGACGUUGGAUGUGGCCGAGAGGAAAUGGCAGUCUUUGAUGCGUCGAUGGGGUUUGGAUGAUAUUGCGGAUUCUUAUAAUAACUAUCAUGAUUUGAUGGUACUGAUUGAGGCUAAGCGGAACGAGUGGAGUGUUGACUAUUGGGAGCGCCGCAGGCCUUACUGGAACUACUGUGAACUAAGAAAGUCUGUGUACAUGGACAUCAUUAAGAAGUAUCUCAUCCGGAAAGGGGAGAGUGCGAAUGAUAAGGAUAUUGCAUCCGUGGCCAAAACUCUAAGUGACGAAUCUUUCGAUGUGUGGUUAUCUGCCCGUCAUGAAGUGGCCUGGUUCGAAGGAGCUAUUGUGACGUUGCGUGCGAUAAAACAGAGGUAUCCCGAGCUCUUACUGGGUGCAGUCAGUAACGGCACUACUGAUUUAGAUAGGAUACCAGAGGCAGAGGGACUGUUCGAUUACUCUGCCAAUGCUCUUGACGCUGAUUGUAACAAGCCGGAGAUUUACUUGGAGGCAAUCAAGGCGGCUAAUGCUGUACCUCCGGUCGCCCCAGAGGAGACGGUGUUCAUCGGUGAUGACUUCUUGAAUGACGUAUGCGGUCCCACUAAGGUUGGCUUGAAGACCAUCUGGAUGAAUGCUAAGCAUCGCCCUAUGACCACGCCUGAGCUUAUUACUGAGAAGGCCAGGCCGGGGUAUAAGAAGGACGGUUAUAGUGUUAAGCCUACUAGGACUAUUAUGGACAUAAGGCAGUUGAUUGAUGCCUUGGAUGACCUACAAGUGUCCCUCGCGUGA